UAACUACGUAGUUUCCUUAACAAGAACCAACCUAUCUACACACCAACAUCACCAUCCGUCCUCGGCCUCCGUCUGGCAUUCGCACACAAAAAGGUUCCUGUUGUACCUCUUGGUCGAAAAGAGUCGUGUAGCUUCUUUCCACUGCACUUUGUACUAUCGUCCAUCUCUUUGCCAAGAAACCCUGUCUUUGGAAAACGGGACUUCCCCCACAUUCGCCCAUCCUUUCCUUCAUUCCACUCACCUGCAUACUAGCUCCUCUACCAAAGACAGGUACGGUAGCGAGCCUGCUCGUGUGCUCGCUCACCAAUUGCGAAAAAUCCAACAAGUUCCCAAAAUACGAUCCGCGCCAGGGCCUCUUUCUCUCCUACGCAAAAACCCGGCUGCCCCGAGCCUCACGGACGAACGGUGAUAUUUGGUGAACUCCUGUUAUCAACACCUCGGUCUUCGACUCAGUCCCCCCCAAGCGAACCUCUUUCUUCCCCGCACCCGCGCUAGUACGCCGUUCAAGCCGGGAACGUCAGCUUCCUGAUCAACACCACCCUCUCAAGACUCCAAAGCUCCAACAAGCCGAGAUCACCACCCUCUUUCCGACACUACGGCGGCAUCACGGGUCACCGAUUACUCCGGGGUCUCUGAGUUGCGACCAGCAGAGACCCCUCGAACAAAGACGCACCAUCUCGUCUCGAUCCCCGCGUCUCGAUUGCCCAGUCCCAGUUCCGACUCGAGUCGAGAGAAGGGUAGCGGCAUGUCUACUAUAGACACCCAACACCACAUCUCCCACUCUGGACCAGAUCCCGCGAGUUCGGCAGCAGAAUAUGGCGUGCGCUCCUUGCCAGGCGCCCGGCCACCCGCCACUUUUGCGCCCGCCAACUCGGUGACCGAAGAGCUGGAGGAGACAGCAGCAGCAGGGCAAGACAUAACAGAGGAGAUAAUAGACUCAGCCUCGGCCGACCCAAUGCAAGAGGACCCCAACCGGAUAACGGGCCUGGAAAGAUGGGCAAUGAAUGCUUCGGACUCGCAGUUCAAUGCGCUCGCCGGCGCAGUGGGAGGCUUCAUGUCCGGCGUGGUCACCUGCCCGCUGGACGUUAUCAAGACCAAGUUGCAAGCGCAGGGCGCGGGACAGCAUGUGGGCCAGCCCAGGAUGUACAAUGGCCUGGUAGGCACGGCCAAGGUAAUAUGGAGGCAUGAGGGCAUUCGCGGCAUGUAUAGGGGCUUGGGUCCUAUAAUAAUGGGCUACUUGCCCACCUGGGCUGUCUGGUUCACAGUCUACAACAAAAGCAAAAUAUGGCUACGCCAAUACACGGACAAGCCAAUUGCCAUCAACUUUGGCGCAUCCAUCAUAGCCGGCGCUAGUAGCACCAUUGCGACGAACCCGAUAUGGGUCAUCAAGACCCGACUCAUGUCGCAGUCGGCAUUUCAAGACGCGCGCCCCUCGAUGCACUCCCAUUGGCACUACAAGUCCACGUUCGAUGCCGCACGCAAGAUGUACACCACCGAGGGCCUUCUCUCCUUUUACUCCGGAUUGACACCUGCUCUUCUGGGUCUCUCCCAUGUGGCCGUCCAAUUUCCCACCUACGAGUUCCUCAAGACCAAGUUUACUGGACAAGGCAUGGGCGGCGCCGCCGGCGACCAGAACGCCAAGCCAAGCUUUAUGGGCACUUUUGCCGCCUCCGUCCUCUCCAAGAUUAUCGCCAGCAGUGCGACGUAUCCCCACGAGGUCAUCAGGACGAGACUGCAGACACAGCGCAGGCCGAUUCCGGGACAGGAGCACUUGCAGGGUCUGGGAGUGGUUGCCAAGAACGGCGCCGAGUCAAAGCAGCUGGCAACAUCAGGGCCCAAGUACAGAGGCGUGGUGAGCACCUUCAAGAUCAUGCUCAAGGAGGAAGGGUGGAGGGCGUUUUACGCUGGUAUGGGAACCAACAUGAUGAGAGCCGUCCCCGCGGCGACUGUCACCAUGCUCACGUACGAGUACGUGAUGAACAACCUGAAGCAGGCGAGGAAGCAUGGAAGGGAGAAGCUGGCCAAGGUUGCCGAGGCUACGGCUGUGAAGGCUGAGAGCGUCGAGAGGCCUGAGAUCUCCAGCAGCACCAGCAGCUAGAGACGUGCAAUGGAAUCGAGGGAUGUUCACAUGUUUGGAGUGGGUCAAGGAUUCGAAAGUUGGAUAUUCAUAUACGUAGCUUAUAUAUGGCGUGGAGCGAACAUACAGACACAGACGCACACAUACACAGCGACGGAGCGCGUGCAAAGUGGAAAAGCGAUACGGGACUGGGCAGGGGGGCAAGAUAGGAUCACAUUGCGAUACCCCGGAAGGGCGGUACAGGUACUCGGGAUUCUUCAUACAUGUAUACAUUUGGCAUACCGGUAUAGCGAGCAUAUAUAGUCUUAUGUUGAACAUGCUUCAGCUGAAAUGUCUGCUUCCUGAUCAAGCGGCUUUCUGUCUGGGGUUUUCAUCGGGCUAUUGAGUCAUGUCGGCGUUUAGACCACGAUCUUGCCCACACAACUUACCACUGGCAUGUUCAAGACUUGAGAAAUGGCUUCUGUAUGAAUUUGCU